AUGGGCGUGGAUGCAAUGCCAUGUUCUUCGCCACUGUCCAGCGUCUCUGUGGACAGACCGUGGAACGAAGCUGGCUGGGAAGCCACAGGAGACAACAGCCAAGACGAUUAUAGUGAGACGGUCUGGGACACGGAGCAUGUGGCGCUGGAACGUGAUAUUGGUUACAACAGCAGCGAGGCCCAGUGGCACAUCGGCAUUCAGAGUGAUCUGGAUGUGUUCUUAGACGACCCACGUGGCGAUACACCGGAGCCGGUGGCAGCCGGCAGCGGCAUCAUGAUAUACGGCCCAGCGUCCUCGCCAAGGGUAGUACGAGAGCUUUUUUGA